ACUUCCUUGUGAUUCUGUCCGGGCGCAUCGAAGAUGGCUUUGAGUGUGGAUGGUAGUGGCGACAUCAACCAGCGUCCUAAUUCAUUCACCGAGGCUAUUGUAAAGAAAUAAAGGAUUAUCUUGCGUCGAUAAGUGAAGUCGGAGAGGCGGCAGAAAAAGUAGUCGCGAGUAGCGUUCAUACGCUCGUCGUACUACGGACGGUUCGCUUCCCGGUGCGUGUUUUUUUUUUUUUUUUUGCUCUCCCCCCUGGUUGAUUCCGAUAGCUAACUAACUGACACUUAAACGACAAAUUGUGUAAAUAUUAUCCACAGCUAAGCUAACCUAACCACUGCUGGUUAAAAAAAUGGCCACCAUGGAUAAAUUAAUGAAGGCCUUUGAAUCUCUCAAGUCUUUCCAACAACAACAGGGACCGCCGACGGCCGAGGAGACGGCUCAAAAACAGAAGAAAGAGCUGGCCACCACCAAAAAGGACAGAGUGGCCCACUGCAUGACCAUAUGUGAGAACAUCAUAGCCCAGUCUCUGAGAACGUCUCCGGAGUUCCAGAAGCUUCUGGGCAUCGCCAUGGAGAUGUUCUUGCUGUGCAGCGACGACAGAGAGUCGGACGUCAGGAUGGUGGCAGACGAGUGCCUGAACAAAAUCAUCAAAGCGCUGAUGGACUCCAACCUGCCCAGACUGCAGCUGGAGCUCUACAAAGAAAUUAAAAAGGAUUUCAGCACUCGUGACGCUCAACAACAACAAAAAAAGCCGUUCCCCAUCCACCCAAUCACCCAAUCACUGCUGACAACGGCCCUAGCCUCGUCCUUAUUGGUGCCUCCACCCAAUCACGACGGCCCGAGCCUCGUCCUUAUUGGUGCCUCCACCCAAUCACAACUGACGACGGCCCGAGCCGCGUCCUUAUUGGUGCCUCCACCCAAUCACAACUGA